GGGCAGAGAGAGACGGAGAGAUCUAUCAUAGACUGCAGGCAUUUCAUAACUUCACUCAGCAGAAUUACAGAGGCAGAGGUGGAGCAGCCACAAGAGUCAAAGGAGGAGCAGCGAGUAAAGGAACUGAAUGAGAAGUGAGAGGAGUCAUCUGUCUCACUGCUCACACUUCAUGUCAUCAGACACAGGACUGACACUUGGGGAAGUGAGCAGACCUCCCCUCAGGGACGCACCAUUGUCUGUGCUGAUCACAGGACGGUCACAGACCCUCAGAGCAUCCACUGGCUGGAGACUCACUAUAAAUGUCUGUUCCCCAGGAUGACAAUGUACCAAGAUUCCACUGAGUGGAGAACAUUGAAGUGUGACCUCCAUCUGUCCAGGUAAACCCCAGUCAUGGAGACCGCCAGGCCGAUGGAGAAGCUGCUAGAGAACCUCCACACUGUUCUCCAGGCCAUAAACAAGACGCUAAACAGCCCCCCCUACCAGCCGGAGGACCCGCAGCUGAACGAGACGAGCGCCAAACUAGACAAACCCAACAAGGAUGACAACGCCUACAUCUUCAUCGUCUUCGUCAUGUUUCUCUUCGCUGUGACUGUGGGGAGUUUAAUCCUGGGAUACACCAGGUCUAAGAAAGUGGAUAAGCGCAGUGACCCAUACCACGUAUAUAUUAAAAACAGUCGCGUCUCGGUAAUAUGACGAGGUUGGAAGACGGGUUUGUGGGAAGCUACACCAAUGAUGGUCUUCGAGGAUCCAUGACCGGAUAGGUUACAUGUGGAACUGUCAGGAUUUAGUACUAGGGUUAGCGGGCAUGGGAGUCAAACUUCAUACCCUUGUACCCUCAUGAGACGGGCGCCGGCAGACCUUGUCCAUUUGCACUCAGGGGGUAACGACACUUUUGGUACAUUGUAGUGAGGAUCUGACGUCCCUAUGACACAUGGGAUGUACGCAGUGUUUCAGCCAAGAUCAUGUCACAUGACCAGGACUUUAAACGCGCGCACAAACUCAUAUAUUGUGCAUUAGCUGCACCUCAGGCCUUAUGCACUCCGUCCCCCCCAGGGAAGACUCUCAGCAGGCAGACCUGAGUACCGGGCACAUUCUCUGCCACCUUCGUACCGACAGAGACGCUGAGCAUAGGCGGCCAGGCGGCAAUAUGUGUUAACACUGUAAUACCUCACGGUGCCCGGCGGAACCAGAGAUCACGUACCUCUAACGCGUCUGUGUGGGAGAAGAUUCCUGCGUCACCGUCCCAGGAACAGGGACCAACAAGAAAGCAGAGCUGUGAUUACUUGACAAUAGCGUGUCCUGAGCCCGCAUUCACUGAAUAAAGAGUCUGAUUAGUGGCGACAUGUCCUAACUUGAAAUCAAUGUAAUAAAUUAUAAUGAACUGGAA